AUGAUUUAUUUUUUCUUUUUCCUCUUUUCUUUCUAUUUUGAUUCUUUAUUUUGCUUUUCUUUUUCUUUUUCUUUUUACUCAAGUUUAUUUUCUUUUCCUUUCGUUCUUCGUUUUUAUUCUAUACUUUCCAUAUCACUUUUCAUUGAUUUUCUUCUUCCUCUCUUUCCAAUAUCUCUUUCCCUUGAUGAUCAUCCUUCAUUUUUUUCUUCUUCUCUUCUACUAUUAUCUCUACUAGCAGUUGCUACCCUCUUUCUUUUAAUCUCUUUCCUUAUUUCUCCCUUUGAUUUCUUCUUUUCUUCUUUUUUCUAUGAUCACUUUUCCUUGAUACUUUUUCUUCUUUUUCAAUUAUUUCUACUACUACUCCUAUUACAAUUAAUACUAUCAUUGCCACUCUUUCUUUCUUUUUUAUUUCUUUUCUUUUCAUAUCUUCUCCCUUUGAUUUCUUCUUCUUCUUUUUUCUAUGAUCACUUUUCCUUGAUACUCUUUUUUCUUCUUUUUCAAUUAUUUCUACUACUACUCCUAUUACAAUUAAUACUAUCAUUUCUUUCUUUUUUUAUUUCUUUUCUUUUCAGUAUCUUUCCUUUGAUUUCUUUUCUUUUCAUAUCUUCUCCUUUGAUUUCUUCUUCUUCUUCUUUUUUCUAUGAUCACUUUUCCUUGAUACUUUUUUUUUCUUUUUUCAAUUAUUUCUACUACUAUCCUAUUACAAUUAAUACUAUCAUUGCCACUCUUUCUUUUUUUUUUUUUUCUUUUCUUUUUCCUUUGAUUUCUUCUUCUUCUUCUUUUUUCUAUGAUCACUUUUCCUUGAUACUCUUUUUUUCUUUUUUCAAUUAUUUCUACUACUACUCCUUUAUUACAAUUAAUACUAUCAUUGCCACUCUUUUCUUUCUUUUUUUAUUUCUUUUCUUUUCAUAUCUUCUCCCUUUGAUUUCUUAUUCUUCUUCUUUUUUCUAUGAUCACUUUUCCUUGAUACUCUUUUUCUUCUUUUUCAAUUAUUUCUACUACUACUCCUAUAUGCUCCUGCCCAUAUGCUUUCAUCUUCCUCAAUUUCUUCAUUUUUCUUCAAUUUCUCCUUCAUUUUUUCUUCAGUUCUUCAGUUUCUUCUCCCUCAAUUUCUUCAUUGUUUCUUUCAUUUCUGCUUCAUUUUUUCUUCAAUUUUUUUUCUUAAUUUCUUCUUCAUUUACUUCUUCAUUCUUCAGUUUCUUCUCCCUCAAUUUUUUCAUUUUUUCUUUCAUUUCUCCUUCAAUUUUUUUUCUUAAUUUCUUCUUCAUUUACUUCUUCAGUUUCUUCUUCUUCCUCAAUUUCUUCAUUUUUUUUCAAUUUCUCCUUCAUUUUUUCUUUAGUUCUUCAGUUUCUUCUCCCUCAAUUUUUUCAUUUUUUCUUUCAUUUCUCCUUCAUUUCUUUUUUUUCUUAAUUUCUUCUUCACUUCUUCAGUUUUUUUCUUUCAAUUUCUUCAUUUUUCUUCAAUUUCUCCUUCAUUUUUCUUCAGUUCUUUUUCUUCUUUUUCUUUUGUUUCUUUCAUUUCUUUCUUUUUUUUUUUUUUCUUCAAUUUUUUUUCUUCAUUUCUUCUUUUCUUCAUUUCUUCUUCUUCCUCAAUUUCUUCAUUUUUUUCAAUUUCUCCUUCAUUUUUUCUUUAGUUCUUCAGUUUCUUCUCCCUCAAUUUUUUCAUUUUUUCUUUCAUUUCUCCUUCAAUUUUUUUUCUUAAUUUCUUCUUCAUUUACUUCUUCAGUUUCUUCUUCUUCCUCAAUUUCUUCAUUUUUCUUCAAUUUCUCCUUCAUUUUUUCUUCAGUUCUUCAGUUUCUUCUCCCUCAAUUUCUUCAUUGUUUCUUUCAUUUUUCAUUUUUUUCUUCAAUUUUUUUUCUUCAGUUUCUUCAUUUCUUCUUCCUCAAUUUCUACAUUUUUUUCUUCAUUUCUUCUUCAUCGUAUCGUCUUUAA